AUGUCGGAAGUCGAAAGCGCAUAUAAUAUGAACACGGCCUAUCUGGCGUCUUUAGUACUGAUCGUAUCAGCUAUAUAUGUCGUUAGACUAGUGACGAUCCUGCCUUUUUUCCACACCCAAUCAAGGGUAAGGAAGGAGACACGAGAUGAGGCUAGUGUUUUGAGGACGCAGAAGUUAUCAAAGAAGCCGCUCAAAAUUUUCGUAUUCCUGGGGUCGGGAGGCCAUACGGGCGAAAUGCUUCGUCUUUUACAGAAUUACAAAGACCUUUUGCUAGACCAGUCGAUUAUAUACGUAGGCUACUCUGACCAGGCCUCCAGGCAGAAAUUUUGCAGCCUUGCGCAGAAUUUUCCCCGCUGUCAAGUGAAAUACUACGAGUUCAUGAAGGCCCGAGAAGUGAAGGCGACUCUUUUGCAAAGUGUUAAGACUAUCAUAGGCACGUUGGUUCAGUCUCUUGUGCAUGUGAUUAGAAUCAGGCUUUCCAUGUGCGGCUCCCCGCACCUCUUCUUGUUGAACGGGCCCGGAACGUGCUGCAUCAUCACCUUUUGGCUGAAAACCAUAGAACUCGUUCUACUUUUCUUGGAUUCUUCCCACAUCGUCUACGUGGAGUCGUUAGCAAGAAUCAACACUCCUAGCCUGACGGGGAAGAUACUGUACUGGGUGGUGGACGAGUUCGUCGUCCAAUGGCGAGAAUUAAGAGACAACUGUUUACCCAGAUCCAAAUGGUUUGGCAUACUCGUUUAA